CCUCCGCGCUCCCGCGUGCCGCAUCCCGCGUCGUCUGCCGCCGCCGCGCGCCUUCACCAACCCUCACCGCCGCCGCCGCCGCCGCCGCCGCGCUCGCUGGCUGGCCCAGUGCGGGCGGCGGGCUCCCGCCGGAGAAGACUGCCAGCGCCGUCGCCGCCGCCGCUUCGGCCCGGGCUCAGGCCCGGGCCCCGACCCCGUCCCGGGCCCCAGCGCCAGCCGCCCGCCCGAUCGGGCGAUGAAGUGUCACUAUGAGGCGCUGGGGGUGCGGCGCGACGCCAGCGAGGAGGAGCUCAAGAAGGCCUAUCGGAAGCUGGCCCUGAAAUGGCACCCGGAUAAAAAUCUGGAUAAUGCCGCAGAAGCAGCUGAACAAUUUAAAUUAAUCCAGGCAGCGUAUGACGUGUUGAGUGACCCUCAGGAAAGAGCAUGGUAUGAUAAUCAUAGAGAGGCCCUACUUAAAGGUGGGCUUGAUGGCGAAUAUCAAGAUGACAGCUUAGAUUUGCUACACUAUUUCACCGUUACCUGUUAUUCUGGUUAUGGAGAUGAUGAAAAGGGCUUUUACACGGUGUAUCGUAAUGUUUUUGAAAUGAUUGCCAAGGAAGAACUAGAAUCUGUGUUAGAGGAAGAGGUUGAUGAUUUCCCAACUUUUGGAGACUCCCAGAGUGAUUAUGAUACGGUAGUCCAUCCUUUCUACGCUUAUUGGCAGAGUUUCUGCACUCAAAAGAAUUUUGCAUGGAAGGAAGAAUAUGAUACACGACAAGCUUCAAACCGCUGGGAAAAACGAGCCAUGGAAAAAGAAAACAAAAAGGUUCGGGACAAAGCAAGGAAAGAGAAGAAUGAGCUUGUCCGUCAGCUGGUAGCUUUCAUUCGUAAAAGAGAUAAAAGAGUGCAGGCUCAUCGAAAACUUGUGGAAGAACAGAAUGCAGAAAAGGCAAGGAAAGCCGAAGAGAUGAGGCGGCAGCAGAAGCUAAAGCAGGCCAAACUGGCGGAGCAGUACAGAGAACAGAGCUGGAUGACUAUGGCGAAUUUGGAGAAGGAGCUCCAGGAGAUGGAGGCACGGUACGAGAAGGAGUUUGGAGAUGGGUCGGAUGAAAGCGAAGUGAAAGAACAUGAACUCAAAGAUGGGGAGGAUGGUAAAAACAGUGAUGAGGCUGAGGACACUGAGCUCUAUGAUGAGCUCUACUGCCCAGCAUGUGACAAAUCGUUCAAGACAGAAAAGGCCAUGAAAAAUCACGAGAGGUCAAAGAAGCAUCGGGAAAUGGUGGCCUUGCUAAAACAACAGCUGGAGGAGGAGGAAGAAAAUUUUUCAAGACCUCAAAUUGAUGAAUAUCCAUUAGAUGACAGUUCUGAGGAAGAAAUGGAAGAUGCACCAAAACAAAAGCUUUCUAAAAAACAGAAGAAAAAGAAACAGAAACCAGCACAGAAUUAUGAUGACAAUUUCAAUGUAAAUGGAACUGGAGAAGGAGUAAAGCUUGAUCCAGAAGAUACUAACUUAAAUCAAGACGGUACCAAAGAAUUGGAAGAUAGUCCCCAGGAAAAUGUCAGUGUCACAGAGAUCAUUAAACCAUGUGAUGAUCCAAAAAGUGAAACUAAAAGUGUUCCUAAACCCAAAGGAAAGAAAACCAAAGAUAUGAAAAAACCUGUCAAAGUACCUGCUGAACCACAAGCAAUGAGUGAUGUUCUAAUCAGCUGUACAACCUGCCAUAGUGAAUUUCCAUCCCGGAAUAAACUUUUUGACCAUCUAAAGGCCACAGGUCAUGCAAGAGCACCUUCAUCAUCAUCUUUAAACAGUGCAACAAGUAGUCGAAGCAAGAAAGAGAAACGUAAAAACAGAUAGAGAUUCUGCCUGUGCUUUUGUUUGACUGUCUCUAGAUUUUGAAACCAAAAAACUGAACUGAAAUCAUCUAAAGAGUUAAAAUUUCAGUGAUCUGCAAUUAAUUACAUUGUGGAAGAUUAUUUUUUAUCUUGUAAAAACAUUUUUUUGGUUUAAUAUAUAUUUUUAAAACAUUUCACUAGUGAUUGAAUUCUACUUUUGCCAUCUGAAUUGACUUGAAUGUCUUAAAACAGGUAAAUACUGUAAAGUGUAUAUUCUUGAUGUUUGUUGGCUCAUGUGGACAGAAAUGUACAGGGAGAAUUACAUUAUUUUAACACAUAGAAGUGCUCCUUUCUGCUUUAUUUUGUGAAUUUCACGUGACUUUUACUUAAUGCUUUUGUAUUUUGUUAAUCCUUCAUAAUAUGUGAAAAACUCGGAUCUUUUAAAAAGCAUCACAGAUCAUUUUUCCACAUGACACUGGAUCCGAUUUUAAAAAUUAUUUUUAAAUAAC